AUGAACCGGCAAAGUCCACCCCAGAUGUCGAGGGACGCUAUGAGCGACCAGGCCUACAUCGACUUUUUGGUCGACGAAGCUGAUGGCGCCGGCGCUGGGGGCUCUAGUCUUAGUGGCCCCGCGGAACACGCCACGCGGCUGGAAAAUCGACCCAUGGCUGCACCGCACCGACAAAUCGCACCACACACUCUACCACCCACCCCAACCUCGACGGCCCUGGAUCCCCGGCGCUUCCCGGCCGCGCAUCUGCAAUCGCCGCACCAUCAACAGCAGCAGAUCGAUCGCCAGCAUCUUCAUGAACCGGCCGUCAGCUUUGGUACGCCAUUAUCGCCCAACCUAGCCCCUGCGGCGCUGGGAAAACAAUGGUACGAAGCUGAAGAUGAGGACGAGGAUCCAUCGUCGGUCGCCGACGAGGGCAGCCAACCCGGAAUAGACGACUCUUCUCGGUCUAGUGGUGCAACCCAGUCAAAACGCCACAAGCAACCCGCGCACGAAUUCGCCACGCAGCAACAUGACUUUCCCGAUCAAACCGCGCUGACCCUGACCGGCGCAUCGAGGAACGCGCCGCCGAGCCCCGGCGUCACGGCCCCAUCAUCGUCGUCUUCGUCCACCGCCCGCCCUAGCAAACUCCGCAGCGCCUCGCGAAUGUCGAAAAACACGCAUCACAAGCCCGCCGAGACCAUUGAGGAGCGUCGCAGCCGGGCCUCGCACAACCUUGUCGAGAAGCAAUAUCGCAACAGGCUGAAUGCCCAAUUCGAAAGCUUGCUCAAUUCGCUCCCGGAACAUGUGCGAAGCGGGGGCCCGGGCGACGAGGAUGACUCGGAAGGUCCCAUGCCAGACACGACUGAUCGGAGAGUGAGCAAAGCCGAGGUGCUCGAAAUGGCUCGGAGACAUAUCAAGUCGCUCGAGAGGAAUAAUUCCACCCUCGCUCGUGAGCGGGACGAUUUAGCGCAGCAGGUCGAGAUGCUUCGGAGCGAGAGGGAGUCGCAGUCCGAAACGGGCUCUAACCCAUGA